CGGUUGUGGACAAGACCAGCCAGCCCCGCGUUCAGGUUCGCCGAUCCAACAUGGAGCUGGACAGUCACUUUGUCUGAAAUCAUCACGUGUAGAGAUCACGCUGGAGCCUGUGCGUCGCUGGAAUCCGCAAUGGGGGAUAGUUCUCGUCCUCGCGUAUGAAAUAAACCGGUACUUAUUUGGGAGUUACGGAGUUGUUACUCGUCCACUGCCUCAAGGUUUCUUAAUUUUGUUGUAGAGGGUCCGUAGUUAGAUUAGCAGAAGUUUCCUGGAUCGUGUUCGUGACUUGUGAAUUCCGAGACGUGUGAAGUACGGUAUUUGCGAUUCGAUAUAAGUUGGUUGUUCUGGGCUUCAUCCCCUGUGCAUAUCCCUCGGUGGGAACUUGAAUUGAAAAGACCUGAGUUGAACUGAGAGAUGUUUGAAUUGGAAUUGAAGGUUUCGGAGAUUAGAGAAGUAAUCGGGGUCGGAGAUUUGUAAUCCAGGGUUGUGUGAUUGUGUUUGAAUUGGGAAGGGGGUGGAAGGGAUUUUGCUUUACAAUUAUGGUAGACAGGAAUAGGACCCAGAGAGGUGCGUUGAGCGUCAUGACAGGUGCACCUCAUUAUCUGUGUCUGGUGAAGAAGCAUCAGCAAUUCUCUUUGAAAAGGGAAGAGAACCUUGCGAGUCCGAAGUAUAGAGGAGUUCGCAUGCGGCAAUGGGGAAAAUGGGUUUCUGAGAUUAGGGAGCCGAACAAGAGGUCGAGGAUUUGGUUAGGGUCAUUUCCGACUGCGGAGAUGGCAGCGCGGGCGUAUGAUAUUGCCAUGGUUUGUUUGAGAGGUCCCUCUGCUGUCCUGAAUUUCCCCGAUUCUCCUCCUCAAUCUGUUCCAAAAUGUCGUACUCCGAAAGAUAUUCAAAUAGCCGCUGCUGCAGGAGCUGCGGAGCCUUGCAUUCCUGUGGCUUUUCCUAUAAAAGAAGAGGCACAAUCUCUUGAAUCACAACUGAGGAGCAUUAAGAAUGAGACUAGUUUUUCACCUAGGUCGCAUUCAAGAUUCGCAGAGUCAGAGAAUUCUGGUACAUCUGGUGAAAGGCCUCGGAAAAGCGCAUCAAAAUCUGAUGAUACACACGAUGAGGACCUUGAUUGUACAGGGGAGUCUUCUCCUCCUCCAGCCGCUACUGAGGACGAAUAUGUCAGUCUGGAAGAAGUGGAAUUAGCCUGGGGCGGUAUGAGGUUUGAUGACAUUAAUCUCAUUGAUUUGCCUCCAUUAGAAGAUUUUUCCGAGGACUGUCCUCUGUUAAUGGCGAAAACCAACCCUGGACGUCGGAGUCUUCCUCAAUAUUGUCGUCAAUUCUCGAACAAAUAUGAACAUGUUGACAACAUGCAAUACGUUUACGACGUGUUCACGAUGUAAUGGACACUCGCGGGUCUAUUGACCAGGCUGGACUAGCUUACAACAGAAACUGAAUCACACCCAGUGAAGAGAUUGGGGUGAGAGUCUUCGAUCAGAACCCAUUUUUGGAAACAUGCCUCCAAAGGUGCAGACUGGGGAGGCAACCACAGAGAAGAACCCAUUAUUAUCGAAUGGUUUAGACGCAACACCGAAACGAGGGGCUUAGCUAUUUGUCUACAUGUAGGAGAUUAAUCAUUUGUAAAAAAUUGUGCAAAUGUCACUUCUAAUUCAUUUUUGACACAUUUAACCAUUUUUGUGCGUAGUAGUUCGAAGAUAGUGAUAUUUGAGACACAUCAGAACAGGUUGUGUGCCCAGUGCUCGGUUUAUUAUUCAUCAGAAAUUUUUGUUCUCCGUUCGAAAAGAGAAGCUGAAAAUAAAAAUGUGACGGCAUCCAUUGAAUGACGUAAUUCUUCAAUUA